ACUUUUGGUUUGUGAAAUAUGUAUGCGCUUCAUGUGAACGUGAAGAAGGCCAAUAACUUGAAAAAUAUCGAAAUCUCAGGGAAGAGUGACCCUUACGUCGUUGUCGAUUUUCAAGGACAAAAACAGAAAACAAAAGUUAUUGAUGACGAUUUAAAUCCGAUAUGGAACGAGGAAAUAAUAAUCGAUUUAAAAGGAAAGCCUUUAGCUGCUUCGGACAACGUAUUGAUCAAAGUAAUGGAUUUCGACAAAGUUACACCAGACAAAUUCAUGGGACAAGCGUUGAUUCCGUUACAUUGUGUUUUGUCAACAACAGCUGAAGUACCUAUUUGUGUGGUACUACAGAAUAAAAAACAUCAAGAUACCAUGUCAACAAUUGAAUUGUCACUACGCUAUGAAUUUCCACAAAACACGAAGGGAUUAGCCAGUAAUGAAAUAGAACAAGGCGGCGUAGGCGAUAAAGUGGAAGCUGGUGGCGCUGGUGAUGCUGGUGUAAGAGUUAGUGCGGGUAAAGGGACUGAAAUGAAUGAAAAAGAUACACUUGAUGAUGAACUGGGUGCAGGUAAACGUAAAAAGAAACUAAGUGGUCUGGCAGUCCGUCCCCAAUAUUCAACCAAGAAACAAGAUUUUCAAAUUCGUGUCAAAGUUAUUGAAGCUCGUCAAUUACAAGGUGCUAAUAUAUCACCAAUAUGUAAAAUUACGUGCUGGAAAGAAAGUAAAGAUACACGUGUUCGAAAUUCUACGAAUUCACCAUUUUGGGACCAGACAUUUUUUUUCAAUUUCUUCGAUUCAGCUGCCGAAAUGUUAGAUCAACAAUUAGUGUUCACAGUUUACGAUUCACGUCGUCUUCGUCGUGAUUCAAUGAUUGGUUCUUUCAAAUUCGAUUUAUCAAUAGUUUAUGAAUGCGAUCGUCAUGCAAUGUUAAAUAAAUGGUUGCUACUAUGUAAUCCCGAAGAUCCAAUGUCUGGUGCUAAAGGUUAUUUAAAAAUAUCAGUUGUUAUUCUAGGGCCUGGAGACGAAGCUCCGAUUAUGAAAGUUGGUGAAUCCGAUGAGAAAGAAGAUAUUGAAGGAAAUCUUCUACGUCCUGCUGGUGUUCAAUUGAGACCAGCAAUUUUUAAAAUUCUUUUAUAUAUGGCUGAAGAUUUGCCAAGAAUGGAUUCAGAUGCUUUUAAAGGAAUCAAGAAUUUACUUUCUACAUCCGAUGAAGAAAAAGAGUUUGUGGAUCCCUACGCACUUGUUUCAUUUGCUGGGAAAUCGAUUAAAUCUAGUACAAAAUAUGGAACAGAUCAUCCUGAAUGGAACGAAGAGAUUACAAUGAACAUUCAGUUCCCGUCAAUGUGUGAGAAAUUGAAAUUUACGUUCUUUGAUUGGGAUCGUAUUGGUUAUAAUGAUCCUAUAGGAACUGGGGUUAUUUCUAUAUCACAAAUUUCUGCUUUUCGUGAUGACACUGAUGGCUUCUUACCAACAUUUGGUCCAAGUUUUAUCAAUCUCUAUGGUUCUCCAAGAGAGUACAGUGAUCUUCCGGACAAAUACGAAGCAUUAAACUUAGGCAAAGGACAAGGUGUAGCAUAUCGUGGUCGUGUUUUGUUAGAGUUAUCAACUGAAUUAUUAGAUGAACCAACAGCUGAUUUGGUUAAACCAUUGGAACAAGAUAAAGUCGCAAGAAUCCAGAAAUCCUUAAGAAGAAGAAAAUACCAGUUGUAUGUUGCAUUUUUAUCAGCAACAAUGAUUGAAGAAAAAUCUGACGGACCAAUUGAAUUUGAAAUCAGUAUCGGUAAUCAUGGGAAUAAGUUGGAUGAAUCGGUCACACCAUGUGCAUCAACGACACCACCAACAAAUCCUGUAUCAGAUGGAUUACAUUACUACUAUUUACCAUGGGCUGAUGAUAAACCAUGCACUAUGGUUGAUUCUCAAUGGGAAGAUAUAUCAUUUCGUUUAGGUGCAGUUAAUUUAUUAUUGAGAAUUGCUGACCAUUUGGAGAGAGGAAUCAGUCAUUUAAUGGUUGCCAUUAAAGCGAAUCUCCCAAUAGAAACUCAAGCACAAUUGGCAAUCUCUUCAUUAGAUGAAUUUAUUAUGGAUUGCAAUCAUGCCUUACCACAAUGGGAACCUGAGAAUAUUCCUCAAAAUGAAAUGGAUAUGCAUUUGCGUAAAUUACGUGAAGAUCAAUUAAAUACAUUACGUGAGCAAGCAAUAAAUACAAGAGAAACUGUUUCUGAAAUUGAUGAUGCAUUAAAAGAAUUGAAAUCUUAUCGAGAAACUAUUCUUAAUUUGGCAAUCGAACCACAAAUGAGUAUACCAGAUAUUAUAAUAUGGAUGUUAAGCGGUGGUAAGCGUACCGCUUAUCACAGAAUACCAGCUCAUGAAGUGUUAUACCAUGACAAUGAAGAUUACCGGGGAUUAAAAUGUGGUACAGCACAAACAAUCAAUUUAAAAAAACCCACCUUAUUGAAAGAUGAAAACAAGCCAGAAUGGAAAAUUCCGGCUCAGUUACGUGUUGUUGUAUGGUUUGGUUUAGAAAAGGACCGUACUGCAUGGACAGAAUCGCAUACUGAGGCAAAACUCCAAGUUGUUGCAGAAACGUAUGAAAAUCAAGCAUCAAUUGUUGGUAAUUGGGUGACUAAACGACCACCGUUAACACGUCCAUCAUGGUCUGAUAAUACUGGCAGAAUUGAAUUACCCAAGGAUUCUAUUCAAUUACCAACAGGUUGGGAAUGGGUUGGUGAUUGGUAUGUUAGUCCAGAGUUAUCGUUGCUUUAUAAAAAGGAUGCAGGAAAAACAAGUUUUGUUGAAGAAUUAUUCUAUAAUGAAUUUCGUACCCCAACAAGUCCAUGGAAAGUUGCUGAACCUGCAUAUACUGAUGCACAAGGAGAAGUGAAAGGUGAACCAAAAACAGUUGAACUACCAAGUGGCUGGACAUGGGCUGAUGAUUGGAAAAUUGAUUACAAUCGUCCAUGUGAUGAAGACGGUUUUGAGUAUACCGUAGAAGCAUCUACAGGUGGUUAUGUUGCAGCUGAAAAACUUUAUCAUAUGUUUCGUAGGCGACGACUAAUACGGUCACGGAUACUUGGUGAUGUUGGUGUACCUGUUAAACAAGAAGUACUAAGACAAGUGAUAGCACAUGAUCAACAAUCUCGUUUAUCAUUAUUACAAAGUUUAAGUACGGAACCAGCAGAAGCAUGGGAGUAUGCAUUCAAUUUCGAUUCAAAAUUCCAUACAAAAGAACGUAAAGUUGAUAUGGUUCGACGCAGACGCUGGCAUCGUGCUUUAGCGCCAAAAGAUCUAAGUUCAGAGACUAGUUCAUGUGUUUUACAAAUACGAGGUAGUUCAAAACAAGUGGAAAGUAGCAUGAAGUUGAAAAAAAAAGAGAAUCUCACUGUUCCAAGGAUGUUCAUGCGCUUCAGAACUUCUCAUAUCUGGCAUUUACGAGCAUAUAUCUUCCAAGCACGCAGUGUUUUAGCAGCUGAUCAAUCUGGCCUAUCUGAUCCGUUUGUGCGAUGUUCAUUUCAAGGGCACAGCCAAGAAACACAAAUUAUCCAACAAACUUUAUGCCCAACAUGGGAUGAAACAUUAAUAUUUGAACAUAUUGAAAUGUGUGGUGAUCCAAAAACAAUACUUUCAGAUCCACCACCAGUUAUGAUUGAGCUAUUUGAUUAUGAUCAAUUGAGUUCAGAUCAUUUCUUAGGCAGAUUACAGAUCACUCCUGCUGUUCGUCUAGACACAGAAACCACAUGGGCAAAUGUACUUCAAUGGUAUACAAUAGAGAAAAAUCGCAAAAAGGGUGGUGAAAUAUUGGCUGCUUUCGAGUUGAUUCUGCUUGAUGGCAAAUCUCCACCACCACCACCUACACGUCGUGGUACUUUAUUCAAUGUACCCGAAGGUAUACGUCCCGUACUCCAACGUACCGGCAUUGAAAUUCUUUGUUGGGGUGUUCGGGCAAUGCGUAAAUAUAAACUAGCUAAUGUUAAUUCACCGUCAGUAGAAUUUGAAAUCGGUGGUAAAGUAGUUGAAUCAACAAUCAUAAAAAGUGUGAAAAAAAAUCCAAAUUUUGCAUCGCCACUAUUAUUCUUAGAUGUUUUAUUGCCAAAAGAAGAAAUUUAUUUGCCACCAAUGAAUAUAUGUGUACGUGAUCAUAGAGCAUUUGGACAGAAACCAAUGGUUGGUGUACAUGUUUUAACAGAUUUUCAAGAAUUCAAAGUACCAGCGAGAACAUCACAAACAGAUGUUUUAAUGGAUAUACAAGCCUUAACUGAUAUUGCUUGUACAACACAAGAGCCUUGUCUGGCUGAACCUAAAGUAGAGCUUCAAUCACCAGUUAAAGGCAAAUCGAAACAGAAGAAAAAAUUUAGCAGUGAGAUGUCAUGUAUUUCCCGAAAUGUGACAGUUGAUAGUUUAAUGGAUCUUAAACAAAUUGAUGAUAAAAUAGAUUGGUGGUCGAAAUUCUAUGCAUCGAUUGGUGAAUGGGAUAAAUGUUUAAAAUAUAAAGAGUUUGGUUAUGAUACAAUUUGUGUUUAUCCUCAUCCAUUGGAAGAAGUGGAAGGAUUUAAUGGAUUUACGGAUUUCUGUAAUACAUUCACGUUAUCAAGAGGUAAAAAUGUUGAUGAAGAUGAAGAUAAUUAUGCCGGUGAAUUUAAAGGGACAUUUCGUAUUUAUCCAUUACCAGAAGAUCCAAAAGAACAAUUACCUGUACGUUAUUUUGAGAAAUUAAGUGUAUCUUCCGAUCCGGAAGAAUGUAUGUUACGUGUUUACAUUAUACGCGCGAUUGAUUUACAACCAUCAGAUUCAUCAGGUUUGGCUGAUCCUUAUGUGGAAAUCAUUGUAGGUCAGCAUAAAGUUAAUUCGAAAGAUAAAUAUCUUCCAAAUACUUUAAAUCCAGAAUUCGGAAAAAUGUUCCAAAUGAAGUGUAUUUUACCCAUUGAAAAAGAACUACAUGUUAUAGUGAAAGAUUAUGAUGCAGUUGGUGCAGAUGAUGUAAUAGGUCAAACAGAUAUUGAUUUAGAAAACAGACGUUUAACAAAAUAUCGAGCUACAUGUGGCCUACCACAAUCUUACUGUGUUUCUGGACCAAAUCAAUGGAGAGAUUCAAAAUUACCAAGUGAAAUAUUACUAGCUGUAUGUGAUAGUUACUCAUUACCAGCGCCACAGUACGGAGAAACAACAGACAUUAAACCAAAUCCAAGUUGCCGUGUUGGUCAACGCGUAUUUGUAUUGGAAGAUUUUGAACGUGGUAUGGUACCAAAUCCACAUUUAGGACCACCGAAAGAACGUUUGGCCUUACAUAUUUUAAAUAAACUUCCAUUGGUAAAAGAACAUGUUGAAACGAGGUUGUUGUAUAGUCCAUUACAGCCUAAUAUCGAACAGGGUAAAUUGCAAAUGUGGGUUGAUAUAUUUCCAACAUCCUUAGGUGAACCUGGACCACCAUUCGAUAUUUCACCAAGAGAACCAAAUGAAUAUAUAUUGCGUUUAGUUGUAUGGAAUACAUUUGAUGUUGUAUUAGACGAAAAAUCAAUAACUGGUGAACAGAUGUCUGAUAUUUAUGUUAAAGGGUGGUUAUCUGGUUUAGACGAUCGUCAAAAAACUGAUGUUCAUUAUAGAUCAUUAAACGGUGAAGGGAAUUUCAACUGGCGUUUCGUAUUUCCAUUUUUUUACUUACCAGCUGAAAAUAACAUAGUUGUUAAACGUAAGGAACACUUUUGGUCUAUGGAUGUUACCGAACAACGUGUUCGUCCACAAUUAGUAAUGCAAGUUUGGGAUAAUGAUUUAUUUUCACCGGAUGAUUUUAUUGGGACAUUAGAAUUAAAUUUAUCUAAUAUGCCUAGUCCAUCAAAAACACGUAGUAAAUGUUCACUGAACAUGUUGCAAUCCGUUGGCAAUGAAACGAAAUUGGUUAACCUAUUUGAAUGUCGACGACUGAACGGAUUUUGGCCAUUUGUUAAUGAAGAAAGUGGAACUCCACUUUUAACUGGUAAAAUCGAAAUGGAAAUGGAAUUGGUAACAAAAGCAGAAGCCGAUCUUCGACCAGCUGGUAAAGCACGUGAGGAUCCAAAUGAAAAUCCUCACUUAGAACAACCAAAACGUCCAGAAACGUCAUUUUUAUGGUUUACAUCACCGUGGAAAACAUUCAAAUUCAUUAUAUGGAAAAAAAUGAAAUGGGUGAUUAUCGCGUUAUUGAUCAUUCUCAUCAUUGGCUUAUUAAUAGUAUUAUUUGUAUAUGCUAUACCGCCACUUUUGGCGAGGAAAAUGGUUGGAGUUUAAAUGGUCGUUACGAGACCCUUGAUUAAUAUUUUUUAAAAUUCACUCUUAAUUGCUAUUUUACUUCAAGCUUAUUAUAUUUAAAAUAAAACUGACAAUAAUUUGUUAAAAUUUCAUGAACAGUCAUUUAUUCUUCCGAAUAAGAAAGAACCUGUUUUAAACGAGAAUUUUGCAACCGGGAAAAUCCACUUUAUUCUCUGUUUGUUUUUAUCCAAAAAUAAAAUAGGUUUUAUGAUCUGAAUGAUAUGCAUAAAGGACACAAUCAAAUUUACUUUAUCAUGUGUGUGUUCUCUUUUGGAAAUUGUGAUAUCUGGUUUUAACCCAGUUAUAUCAACACUUCCACUCAGAGUGGAAUUUUUGAAAACUCUUAUUUAUUUUAAAAAGAGGAAAAAAACCUACAGAAAUCUUCUAGUAAUUUGAUUGAAAGAUCUUAAUGAAGUCACUUUUGUUUUUCUUUUGAUCUUUCAUCAAUUCUUAUCUAACAUGUAAUACAGAGUUUCGAAAAAAAUAUAAUUACAUACCACCAUAGGUGAUGGUAAAGUUCAACUGGGAAUGGUUGAUUUCCCCUCCUAUAAUCAAUCCACUUACUCGUAUCUUAUUUAAGUAGUUCAACGAAAUGAUACCAAAAUUGGUUCACGUCUUCCAAUUAAAUUGGCUACUAAGUAGGAAAUAACCCAUCUUCAUUUCUUCCUCGACAAAUAAUAAUAAUAUUUCUUCAGUUUUGGCCUUUUUUUAGUAUGCAAACGAGAAUAUUCCAAUUUCUUAUUUUUGAAAACACUAUACACUUUCAUUAUGGUUAAAAUUUAUGUUUCAAUUUAUUUUUAUGCAAUGAUCACGUACUGUUUUUAAAGUCAAUUUAGCUAAAUAAAAAUUCUGGACGCAAAAAAUUAUCAU